AAAUAAAGGAAGUUGAAUAGAUAAAGUUUGAUAUUUAUGGUUGUAGAUAUUCACACAUCGAAAGAUUAUCAGGCAGCACAUAUAGCUAACAAUUAUCAAGUAAAAUGGUCACAAUAUUUGCCGUGUUUCUUCUGCUACCAAUGAGUACAGGAUUGGACAGCUAUGCUUGUAAGGGAACAAGUGAUGAAAGUGGCCAGCACAGCCUAUCUUGUAAAAGAAGAAGUAGGAUUAACAUUAUUAGGGGUCUCUAUGGCUUCAAAUAUUCAUCGGACUUGUGCAGCAGAGAUUGUUCUUAUCAGUCUAGAUAUUGUGAUUGUAGUUUAGGUUUUAAUCGUACAGUCGAGUCAGAUCUUAUAAAUUCGUGUAAUGGGAAGAAUACAUGCAGCUUUCGACCACCAAACUCAUAUUAUGAUCGUUGCUACAAUAUAAGUAAAUACUAUGAUAAUUAUACAUAUUCCUACAUAGAGUAUGUAUGUUCGACAGAUAUUGUAGAUGAGCCUGUUUUUACUGUAAGCUUCUUGACAAUUAUCUUUUUGAUAUUUUCCUCCGUUGCUGUUUGUAUCCUAUUAAAACGAAAACAAAUUAGGGACAAACACAGGUCAAGAGUCCGCAAUCUAGAAAAUGAAGCACCACGCCGUGGUUACAAUAGUGCUAUUUCAAGGAACGAUAAUUCUCCAUCUGUAAGCGUGGUUAAAUCAGACGUUAAAAAUCAUUUACAUGCUAUCAAUAAGGAUAACUCAAUGGCAACCGGUAACACGUAUAACCACAUGGGGCAAAUGGGUGGUGAUUACAACCAUUUACAUGCUAAUAACAACAGUCCUCCUGUCGAUGAACAGUCGGGUGGAGCAUAUAAUCAUCUUGGUAUGGUGAAUUUUAAGACACACAAUUCAGAUUACAAUCAUCUGAAUGGUUUAGCACGUCAUAACAGCGUUUCAGAAGAGGUUUACAAUGCUAACUACAACCAUCUUGGUGACGUAAAGAAUGAGAUUCCAAAGGCUUAUUAUAACCACCUAGACAAAAACAAGAAGAUUGAGAUUUCCAAUGAGGACUACAACCAUAUAGGGGGCAUAACCAACGAGAGGACUGGUGAUAGCUACCGCCAUCUUGAUAAUGUUAAUGAACACGUGGUAAAUAAAGCCGAUUCCAACGACAUUGUAGCGUACGAACUAGCUAAAAAUAGCGGUUUACAUGUCCGGACUGAACAAGCACCAGAUGCUGUUUAGUACGAGAUAGCUGACGAUGAAGGGGAGAUAACUCCAAUAUUUCUGAACAACAAUCUAACUAUGAAAAUAUUCCCAUUUCGGGUCAUCAAACUUGUGGGUAAUUUCAGAACUAAUGUUCAUACAAUUGCUAACAAACAUUAUUCAGUAUUGUUAUUCGGUAUAAUUAUAGUUUGUCCAUGAUAAACCACUGUGUACAACGUACAAACCAUGACAUUCUAGUCGAGUGUAUCGUGCUCUACUACCUCAUCCCAGGUAGUAAUUGAAAUUAAAAUAUAAAAUGCUUUAUUAUUUUUAAUAUAGUCUAUUUUUAUAUGGAGAUACAUAAUGACAUUUUUUUUUUCAUUUUGUUGAAAUUAUAGUUUUUCAUUUCAUUUUGAUAACUGGUGACAUGUUUUUUAUAUAUUUAUACUCUUCAAAAAAAGUAGGGGAUAUUCAGAAAUAAUACAAAUCUGCGGAAAUGCACUGCUGUUUUUAUUAGAGGUAACCAGUGUAUGUUAAUAACAGGCCAAUUGCCUACACAUGAACAUAAACAGUUCAUAUGGGCGGCUUAUUUGACGGCCCCAUUUCACUCGCAAAGAGAUACACCGUCAAAAGUGAAAAUCGACGUUUUUGAUUUUUGUCUUAAUAAUGAGUAAUUGCUCCACCAAUCCUCAAACAUUCAGCAAUUCGUCGUGGCAGUUUUCAUCAACCCUUCCUUGAAGUGUCAAAUUUGACAUUGAACCCCUCCCACGUGUAUGGCGCUAUUGUGUGUCGCAUGUGCAGCUCAGUGGUUCUGUUGGGGCGAUAAGUUCUUCAUCUGUGAACAUACUCUCAAAGCAUGUCAAGUGUCAUGACUAUUUAUCAUAUCACAGCCUGCAUAGGUAUUUGCAUUUCAAUAUCCCCUACUUUUUUGAAGACUAUAUAUUGAAGUAAUAGUUUGUUCAUUUCACGUGUCUAUGAAUAUAAAAAGUAAAAAAUAUAAAAUGUUAUAAUAUUUUUCCGUCUUCAGUAGCAGGGGCGUAUGUCGUUAUACAUGUUUUCAUUAAUAUUAGUUUAAAAUAUUACUGUUAUAGUUUGUUGACAUGGCCAUAACUGGAAGUAAGCUAUAAUUGUAAUUCAAUAUAUUAUUGAAAGUAAAAUAUAAAAUGUUUAUUAUGUCUAAUAUAAUACUAAUAUAGGUUAUUUUGAAAUUAAAGUGCGUUGGCCGAGAAAGUUCAUCCCGAUUUUCCGGCGUGGUUCCCCUUGUCAGUGAUGCAAGGACAGCUGUCUAGUCAUUCGGAUGGGACGAAAAACCGAGGUCCAGUGUACACAUUGGCGUGCACGUAAAAGAUCCCUUGACAGUUGGAAUUCGAUAUAAGAGUAGGUCAUAGUGCCACUGUCCGGGCAAAAUUUCCCUCAUAGUACACUGUAUUGCGUGUGCCCGUCUUCAUUGGCCCAGUUCGGAGCAGAACAGUAGGACGUUAAACCCCAUUUCAUUUCAUUUCAUUUUUUUUAAAUUAAAGUAUAAAGUUAUGGACUGUCCCCUUUAUAUGGUGACUAGCUUUUUGUAGGGAUUUCCUGAAACCGAUGUAGAAUAACAUCAGAAUUGAUAGAGACAAUUAAGCCACCAGGCGUAUCUCGCUGCUCUAAAACCCGAAUGUUUGCCCUGGGACAGUCCUAUUGCUGCUGUCAACCCUGAACUGACAAACGACAGUGGCAGAUAUAUAUAAUUGAAAGUAAAAUAUAAGUUGCUUUAUUAUUUAUCAUAUAUUAUUGCCCACGUAAUGCUCAUAUGUUAUUACAAUUAUAUUUGUUAAAUUUUAUAUGGCGAUAGUUGAAAGUAAAUAAAAUGGCUUGCCUCCAUGUUUCUAAUCACAAUAUAACCAUGGAAUUAUAUACAUGCAUAGUUUGGGGAAUGUGGCGUACCCUAUACUAAACGGAAUUGUAUGAUAAUUGAUGUUAUAUUCACACCAUGGCUGCUGUACAAUGAUUAUGGACUCUUAGUGUUGUCCUCCUAUGUAAGCAGAGCCAUCUCUAUUAUCAUGUUUUUUUUGUACAUUGUUCACUACUACCAAACCUUUAUGUCUUCCCACCCCCUUUGAUGGUUUCUAAAUGAUUAUCUCUGAUUGUAUAUAAAUAUAUAAAUGUUUGUUUUUGGUUCCAUAUUUUGUAUAUAUAUAUCUUUAUUGUUAUACUAUUGUUGUCAUUCUUUCCCUGAUAAAGACGGGAGAACCCUCGUCGAAACGUCGCUAGAUAUAAAUCCUUUAAAGGAGCUAAAUCACUAAUAUUUAGGACCUAGAAUGGGUCUCAACGCAUAUAAUAAUGUAAUCUGAUUGCAUAUAAACGGAUUUACACUCAAUUGUUUAUGAAUUGACUCUAAUUUGAAAUCAGUUAUGUCCAGCGAAAUACGGCAUCUUUCAUUGAUUUUUGUGGUUUCCAAUUUAUUGUAUACUUAAAUGUUCACUAUCUUAUAUUGGUACUAUAUUAUUGUUUGACUUGCGCUUGAUAUCGACACGAGCAUACUUGCUGAAACGCCGCACUUUUAAAUGUUAUUGUUUUCAUUAAAGCUGUAUC